CAGAGCACACAUUCAUUCUAUAAUUAUAUUCCUAAAUUGCGAUGGCUAAAACAAAGAAGAUGAACAAGGUAGAAGACAGAAUAAGCAGCUUACCAGAUAGUCUUCUCAUCACCAUAAUCUCUCUACUCCCUCUCGAUUUGGCUGCCGCCACCUCCGUCUUAUCUCGGCGAUGGCGCCACCUUUGGAAUCACAUUACCUACCUCUCCCUACAUUUUCCAAACAACCCUAAGUUGGAUGAAUUGGAGUAUUUUUUCGCAACUGUAAAUCAUAUCCUAUCCCAAAUUAAAUCCCCCAAAAUCCACACUUUUGUACUUCGUUUCCCUGCUGGUAUAUUGUCCACACAUCGACUUCUGGGUGAGGCGACCCCAAAUAUCUCUGGUUUUUGGGUUCCUUGGAUUACUCAACUCUGCCGUCGAAAUCCAGAGGUAAUCGAGGUAAACUUUCGAAGUUUUUCAGAAACCAAACAAAUCUAUGCGAUGCCCAGUUGUCUGUUUGAAACUCAAUCACUGGUGAAACUAACAAUUUUUCCAGAACUUGAGUUUAAAUUACCUGAUAAUCAGUUGUCAUUCGUUGUUCUUCCUAACUUGAAGAAGCUUCAGCUGUGUCUCAAUGAUUCACAUCGUGUUUUGAUGGGUACCCUUUUUAAGUGUUGUCCAGUAUUGGAAGCUUUAUAUUUAAACCUAACGUUGUUUGAGAAGGAUCACUUAAUUCAUAUAUUAGCCCCCAAUUUGAAGACUUUAAUGAUCCAAAUCGCUGACAACGAUGACGACAUUGUCGAUAGUAAAUUUGUGAUUGAUACUCCUAAGUUAGAACAAUGGGAUAUAAUGGAUUGUUUAGCUUUUUAUGAUUUGGUUAAGAUUCCCAGUAAUUUACAAGUGACAGUUUCCUUACAUGAAGCUUAUUUCUAUGGUGAGAAAGAUUAUGAUAAUCAAUUACUUGAUUUAAUUCGAGUGAUUUCUUGUGCUAAAUCCCUUGUAAUAGAAGAUGCUGGUGGUCUUCUAUUGUAUUGUCUUUCUAAAUUGGAGAGAAAUUCAAAUUCACUUCCAAUCUUCCAUAACUUGACCCAUUUUAGCUUUCCCUGCAACUGGGAAGAGUCGUUUCGUUUACCCAGUUGUUUCUUAGGUAACUUACAGAGGCUACAGAUACAGGAUUUGGAUUGCGCAAAAUAUGAUUUCAAGUUUGUACAACACAUUUUGAAUGAUGCUAGUUCUUUAGAGAUGCUUCAAUUGUCUUUUAAUCAUCCAUCUUUUGGACUAUCACCAUCUAGGAAAAGUAAACUAGAGGUGGAAUUCAAGUUCUGUAAGAAACUCUUCAUGCUUCCAAGGAGUUCACCUGAUUGUGAGAUUGUCUUCUCCUGUGAAAGGAUCACUGCUUCAAGUAACGACUUCAGAGAUGGUGUACUUUCUUGCAAAAUCGUAGAUUGAUAUCACAUUAUCAACUGCGUAAAACUGAGUUGUGUGUAUGAUAGAUAUCAGGUUCAAAUCUCCAUCCCCAUUUGUAAUUUGUAUUGUUCCGGCGAUUACCCAUUUUUUACACCACUACUCUUCUAUUUUGAAAUAAUAGUUUUUAAUUACCUUCAUGAUGCAUAUUUGCAUACUAUGCGCGCAAAUGUUUGUAUUUGAAUUUCUAAGGAAAAUAUGUUUGAUUACAAUGCCUUCGCAUUUUCAGAGAUUUGGAGCCUUGUAUGAUUGAAAUAAGGUGGAGUAAUUGAUUUGCGGGUUUUGAUGUUGCUUUGUAGAGACCAAAUUCUUAAUAUACUUCUAUUGAUUGUGA